GCAGCUGUCAUUCGUCGUUGGUGGUUUAUUUUCGUCGUCGAAGUCGAAGUGUACAAUCAAUCUUCAAUCUGUAGUCUUACAAAAUUCUUUGUAUCCUUGAAACUAAUAUUAUUGUUUUUAUUUAAUGUUAUAACAUCGGAUUUUAUAUCAAAAUAAUUCACAAAACAGAAAACUAGGAAACAAAAAUAUUCCUUUGUGUUUACCAAGAAACUUCAAUUAAAAGUGUUUUGCUGCGUUUUCGAGGCAAAAUCAAGAAUGUACGGAUACCUAAUGACCUAUAUGGUAUAAUUGAGACGUAGAAAUCAAAAUUAGUAGUUAGGACAACAUAUUUAAGAUGGCUCUUUACGGCAGAAGAGAUGUUACGUACAGUGCUCUUAACAACGAACUAACUCCACCUCUGGCGAACUUGGCAGAGUCCUCGGCAGCAGCUCCUACACUCAUCACCUUGGAUCACGAACAUGAAGAUACCACCAACGUCAUCAUACACAAAGUGCCCAAAAAUAAAGGAGGAUGGACACACAUCGACGAUCUAGACUCAUUUUUUACAAGGAUGUACAGAUAUUAUAUCCGUGGAGGCUUUUAUCCAAUGAUAAUGUCAGAUUUAUUCUCAUUGUUACAGUUUAUAUUUAUUGUAUGGUUUUCUACAUUUUUAGUACACUGUGUGAACUAUCCAUUGCUGUUUAGAAAUGUACCACUGGAAGAUCCUACGGCAAAAUUAACUUUUCAUGAUGUGAUAUAUCCGAGUUCUCAAUGUGUGAGAAGUAUAUCAUGGCAGUGGUGGUGUCUUAUAGUAUUAUGUGGAGUUAUUUGGUUGAUGAGAUUAGCUGUUUCAUUAUACAAUUUAAUACACGCAUAUGACACAAAAUUAUUUUAUAAUAAUGCACUUAAGAUAAAAGAGAGUGAUUUAGCUUGGGUCAAUUGGUCAACGAUACAAGAUAAAGUGAGAGAAGCGCAGCCCGAACAUCACAUGUGCGUCCAUAAACAAGAAAUCAACGAAUUAGAUAUAUAUCAUAGAAUACUCAGGUUUGAUAAUUAUAUGGUAGCUAUGGUGAACAAGAAUUUACUACCACUACAAAUAGGUGUGCCUUGUGUUGGUGAUUUUCACUAUUUAUCCAGAGGAUUAAAAUGGAAUUUAGAAUUUUUAUUAUUUACUAGUCCGUGGAGUCCGUGGGAGAACUGUUGGCAGUUGCGCGAGUGCUACAAGGAGCACUCGAAGCGGAUGGCGCUGGCGAGGCAGCUGGAGAAGCAGAUUCUGAUGAUGGCCGUCAUCAACCUGCUGCUGGCGCCGCUCAUACAGGCCUGGCAGAUUUUGUACUUCUUCUUCAACUACGCCGAGUUAAUAAAACGUUCGCCCGGUUCGCUGGGGCUCCGCACUUGGUCCGUGUACGCGCGCGUGACGCUGCGGCACUUCAACGAGCUGGAGCACGAGCUGCGCGACCGCCUCAACCGCGCGCACAAGCCCGCCACCAAAUACCUCGCCAGCUUCACCUCGCCCAGCACCACCGUCAUCGCCAAGAACGUGCUAUUCGUGUCGGCGAGCGUGCUGGGUGUGCUUGUGAUGCUGUCGGUGUACGAUGAAGACGUGCUAACGGUGGAGCACGCGCUCACAGUCAUCACGCUGUUGGGUUGCGUGGCAGCUGGCGCCAGGGCAUUGAUAGGCGAAGAAGAGCGCCUAGCGGGGAGCGCGGGGCCGGCGCGGGGCGAGGAACUGUUCGUGCAAGUGCUGGGUCACGUCCACUACCUGCCCGCGGCGUGGCGCGGCCGGGCCCACACCAAGAAUGUGGCCGCUUUGUUCCAGCAGCUGUUCCAGUUUAGAGCGGCAUACAUCCUGUUCGAGUUGCUGAGCCCGAUUCUCUGCCCGUACGUGUUGCUGCGCUUGCGCUCGCGCGCGCUGGACAUCGUCGACUUCUACCGCAACUUCACCGUCAGCGUGGUCGGCAUCGGCGACGUCUGCUCCUUCGCGCAGUUGGACAUCCGUCGUCACGGGCACCCCGACUGGCAAGCGCCGGGCAAGUUCGGCAAGCCCAAAGCUGCCAACACGCAGUACAAUCAGGGCGAGGGAGGCAAGACAGAGUUGUCUCUGGUGGCGUUCUCCUGCAGACACCCCGGUUGGCAGCCUUCUGAGCCCGCGCAGAGGCAAUUCCUUAGGUCUCUCAGACAGAGCAUGCAUCACGCUAUACCCACCAAUACUGCGCUGAACAAAACGAUGCUGGGCUCGUACAUCCAACAAAGUAUCUUCGGCGCCAACACGCCGCUGCCGGCCGUGCUGUCCUACUACCAACAGAGACCCACUUACAAACUACCCGAUAUGGACGAGACGAGCGAUGAGGAAGAAGCUCCCGAAGCGGGUCCGGCGCAGUCAGGCAGCCGUUCUCAGACCGGGUCCGGUUUGGCCGGCGUUGGCUCGGAACUCGGCGCCAGUGUGUUCGGUCUCGAGACACGCGCGGACACGGAGGACACUAGGGACAUGUCUGUCAGCACUCUGCAUCUUUACGACUUGCAUCUCUCACAGGCGAGUCAAAACGUGUCGGCAUGUUGCACGAACAACUGCAGCGAACGUCGGCAGGAGAGCCGCUGGGGCAGCGGCGAGCAGACGCCCCUCCUUCACCGCCCAUAACACUGGGGUUGCGCCACCAAUCGCGCCCCCCAUCACACGAAACCUAACCCCAUUUGGGUAUAGCACUGUAUUACUCCAAUGAGAGCUAUCAUCUCUUCGCUUCUCUAGUUGGCGCCUUUGGUGAGUGAGUUCCAGUUGGACAUUUAACCCCUCACGUGUCUUAGGUAUUAAAGCAGUACUGGAACGCGUCAAGAGUUAAUAGUUCAAUUUUGCUUGGACUUAGAACCUACUCUACACCAGCGCCCCUACCGGCGAGUCCAAUCGCGAUAACUCAUUGACUCAGACAUUUUUGGCCGAUGUUUUUAAUUUCUGUUUUGAUGUUUUCUGUUUUUUUAUUUCAUGUCGUCGUUACGGUUGCAGUAUGUAAAUUCGUAUAGUUCUCAUAAACAAAUCAAAACUGAGUUCCUCAGAUCGGAAGUACUGAUGCAAUAGGGUGUACUAUUUCGCUCAUUAGAUGGCACUACUGGUCUAGGUGGUAGGUCUUAUUAAAUCGCUGAAAUUAAAGGAAAAACACUAAUGCACGUGUUCAUAUUAACACAAACGAUUUAAUUUGCUUUUGACGUGACCUUUUACUAAAUCAGUGUAGUGCAGUGAAGUUUGUGACAGUUUAAAAAAGUCUUUUUGUUAUAAUGAAACAAAAAACAUCGGUUGAGAACAUCUACCUAGGAAAAUUAGUUAAUUAGUAAAUGUAUAAAAGGACUACAUAAAUGAUAUACGAAACUUAUGUACAAUUUUUAUAACGUUAGAAUGUUUUAUUCAUACCAAUAAUAUAUAUGAUAUAAAAUUAAACAAUAGUGCUUUAUAUUAACUGAUGUCACACAUGGCUCGGUAUUUCUAUGGGCAAAGUGUGCACUCCAGUUGGGUCUAUCACGGUCAUUUUAGACGAUAACGUAUAUUGAUGUCGAGUCUUAUAUAUAAAGUUAUACUGUAUGAUAAACAAUUUCAAAUAUUUUUAUUGAUUUAAUAAACAGUUUUGGUACGGUUCAGAAAUUAAAUUUGAAUUAAUAUUUUGUUGACUUUUUGCACAAUCGUGUAACAAAAGUUUUUACAUGUGUUUUUAUUGACUAAGAAUUAAAUCUCACUGUACUCAUGAUUACCACCAUCGUAGCGCUAAGUCCGGGAGUCAUAACGUCGGUUACUGACAAUGUCUUAAUGUACCGACCGGGCGAGGACCUAGUAACUUGCAACAUAGAUUUUUCUGAUACCUAGUGCAGGCACCAGAUCUCCACAAUGACUUAGUCCAGUUUGUAAUUCUUUUUUAUUAACAUGAGUGUAAUGUUUUGAUGAACCAACUUAUUAUCUCGACCUCUAGUACCAGCGCUUAAAAACACGCUCGCUAAGCUCGCUUCUUAGCAUCGCUCGUUAGCAAAAUGUGGCUGCUAAAAUGAUAGACCCAAUUGAGUACCUAUACCAAUGUGUAGUUUCUGCUAACUUUAAUAUCACACCACUACAGCAGUUCUUAUUUACACGUAAUAAGAACAACAAUUGAAACGAGACAUUGAUUUAACUUCAGCAGAAUCGGCACCUUGGAUAGGGCGCCUUUUAACAAAAUUUGUUCAAUAUUACUGCUAUUUCUUUAUAUUAUAAAAGAUAUAGUAGAUAUAAGACAAAUAAUUAGGACAAGUGGCAGCACUUAGCCAUUAUGGAAGAGAAACGUUUUGUGGUCGCUUCAAAACUGAUGAUAUUAAACUAAACCGAAUUGACAAUACUGUUUUCACAAAAUAAGUCUUUGGCCAUAAACAAUAUGCGAGUCUUGACAGUUUUUUAUUCAGAUGCAGCGUAUAUUAUGCGAGGAAAAUGUCUACACACAGAAUAGAUUAUCAUUUUAACCUUCAAGCGUUCCUACGACAAAUUGCUUAUAGCGCGGGCUGCAUAUUAAAUUAAAAAAAUAAAUGGGAUUCGAAAUAAACAAUAGAUAGAGAAAACUAUAGACUUUCGUUUCACUCAUACAUGAAAGAGAAAUGCGUAUUAGAAAUAAACGAGAAGGAACGGGAGAGAACGCCUAUAUCUUUUGUCCCUCACCAUGUGCACAGUUUCACAACGCGUACCAUGCUUCUCUGUAUGAGGUAAGCGGAGAAGUUAUAUAGUAAUAUUCUACCUCAUUUGGCUUUGCCAGCACGUUGCGUCUUAGCCUAGUUUAGUCGUUUUCUUUGUCUUCGACGUCGACGCAAGGGUAAUUUAUGUAUUUUGUCGUAUACGCAAAUUAGGCGGUUAAUAGGUUAAUCUUAUUAGUCAUCAUUACUCUUUUUAAUAACCCAUUUCUGAUGGAGCAGCCGCAAAUUUUGGUUUCCUAUAAUAGCGUUGUGAUCUUCCAUAAUAGACUUACUUACUGGGAAAACAUACAGUGUAAAAGGGGUAAGCAAACAUCAUAAUUUAACGUCAUUUUAAUUGAUUCAAUGUCUUCAUAACGUAGUUUACAAUGUUUUACUUCUCAUUAUAUAUAUAUAUAUAUAUAUAUACAUAGGGAAUGAUUUUUAACUAAGAGUUCCAAUUAAUAUAUUGUUUGUGAAAGAAAAAGAUAUAUGAUUUCACUUUUUGUAAAAUAGUCUAUUGCCGUUGGUUUCUGUGAUCACUGAUCACUGUUAUAGCUUGUAUAUGUUGAUAUGGCGCGCUCCACUAUCGCAACUCAAAAGCCAAAUUAUAUUGCUAUAGGCUUUUCAAAUUAGGUGCAUUAUCUGUGCCGACUUUUUAUAUGUAGUCGAAAAAUGUUAUUAAAAUGACGUCAUGUUUCAAUAGCCUAUAUUACUAUAGCGAUUUUGACACAGUUGCGUGGUAUCUAUCAUUGGUUGUAGAGGAAACCAAAGUUUGCAGGCCUUUUUUAUAUUUACAUAAAGUUCUAUUGCUGCAAUAAUAUUUUAUAUAUUUUAUUAACUAGAAUAAGCCCUAGGGAAUGUCUAGCGCCUGAAUAUUCAAAUGUAAUUUUAAACAAAGUUUUUGAGUGAUGUACGGGCACGGAAAACGAAAAUAUAUAGAAGAUGUUAUAUAUAUAGAAGGGUUAAAUGUAAUAAUACGUGUUAUUCUUAUGGCCAUUCACUCUCGAAAUAAUCCCUUUCUUGUCGUAUAUUAUUCGACUUUCUGUGGAACAGGACGGUCGUUUGUAUGAAAUUACUUUUGAACAAUCAGGCGUUGGACUCUAUCUCGAAACAGUUCAUUAAACAAUGUGAUUUAAAUAUAACAUUAAGGCGGCAAUUUUACAUAAAAUCCACAUGUAAAAAUGUUUUUGAUGUUUAGAAUAAGGCACGGGUUUUUUUUUCUGGAAACUGCCCCGUAUUUGUAAGGUGCUAGUUCAUUUACUAGAAGCUCACUGCAUUCUAAGGCAAUAAUAAUAUAACAUUAGAUAUUUGUUUACGGGAAUACGUUAUGUAUUGUAUUGUGUAGCCAUCGCUAGUGACUGUCGACUUACUGAAAGUGGUUUGUUGAAGUGGAUUUGUUCUACUUACGACUUAAUAUUACUGCUAAGGUCUUUACACACUGCCCGUAUUUUACGCAGCGACGAUUAGUUACAUUUUACACAAUUACACCCAUACAGUUUUUUCGUCUAGAUCUGGAAAAAAAAAUAUCAAAUCAAAUCUGACAUAAUUUCUAUUGUUGGGAUUUUUCAACCACGGCAACCUUUUUUGUUUAGGUACUUAUCUUGUUAGGUCUUAUUAAUGAAACUACAUUUUAAAAACAAUGUGUUUGCAUGUUUCAAAUUAAUUGUGUAAUUUAUGGUUUACUAUAGUACUAUAGUAUGCUUUACUAUAGUAAUGUGCAACGAAGUGUAUAUUUCAAUAAAAAAUAUUAAGUUACGAUUGUGUAGAUUUACAUAAAUACCUAAACAAAUUUGGUAUAAAGUUACCGGCCAUAUCAAAUUUCAGCACCAACACAUACGGUUGAUCGCUGUGUUCGCCGUUGGCUAACGAUUUGGGACAUCCAUUCAGAUGUCAAAUUGUGACAGUUGUCUGUUCCUAGCGUCUUAUUAGCGCAUCUGGUGGGAGAAAUCCAGAAAACCAAUAUUGUGAUUCUUUAGGCUUUGAUCAUUAAUCGGAAUACUAUUUGUUCAAACUGGCACACGUUGUUAUAUAACUCGUAUAUAUAAAAGUAUACAUAACAAAAAUGGGCUGCCUUAGAUAUAGAAGCGUAUUAUCAAUCACGGUUAGAUAUAAUUAGGUAAUUUAGGUUAAUACAAAAAAGAAGAAAAAUUAAAAAAAAAAGACUCCGGCUGGUACUGGAGAAAAGAAAUAGCCUCCGAGUGGCCGAAGAGAUUUCUUUGAAAUAUUAUCAUUGCAAGCGCCUUAAUACAAUCGGUUCCUUGUAUAUGA